GACGCUAUACCAGAUCACGAUUCUGUCUUGGACGAGUCAGAAGCAUCCAGCCAGUUAACGUCCCUGAAGUCUAGCAUCAUAAAUUACAAGUAUGGUUGCGAGAACGGACGCCGCUAUCAUGCAUUCAGAGAAGGGACAUAUCCAGUGCCAAAUGACGAACAGGAGCAAGAUCGCAUGGACAUGGUACACCACAUAUAUCGUCUGUUACUGGGAGGCAAAUUGUAUCUUGCUCCGAUUGGUGAUAACGUCCAGCGCGUGCUUGACCUCGGUACCGGGACAGGAAUCUGGGCAAUGGAUUUUGCAGACGAACAUCCAGCCGCAGAGGUUCUUGGGAUUGACCUGAGCCCCAUCCAACCUGUAUGGACCCCGCCUAAUUGUAUUUUUGCAGUCGACGAUUUUGAGUCCGACUGGCUUUAUCGCCAGCCGUUCGACUACAUACACGCCCGGGAAUUAGAAGGAUGCAUAGCAAACCCGGAUCAACUCUUUCGGCAGGCACUCGAGCAUUUGACGCCCGGCGGAUACCUUGAAAUGCAGGCCGUUGAUGGUUUUUUUGAGUCCGAUGACGGCACUGCUGAACAGGCCGUCCAUGCUCAAGCCUGGAUAAAGAGCUUGCUUGACGGCGCGAGGAAAUUUGGUAAACCUUUGGACACCUGUUCCAAGUGGAAGCAGCAAAUGGAGGAUGCAGGCUUUGUGGAUGUUCGGCAAGAAGCCUUCAAGUUCCCGAUCGGACCUUGGCCCAAAGACCCAAAACUCAAAGAGAUUGGGACUUGGCAGUAUUGGCAAGAGCUACAAGUCGUAGAAUCCUACACACACGGAAUCUAUUCUCGCGUACUCGGGUGGGAUAAUGUAGAGAUAGAGGUGUUCAAGGCCAAGGUGAAGAACGACUUCAAGAACCCGGCAAUCCACAUCUAUCUGCCGGUCGUUUUUGUCUGGGGGAGAAAGCUUUGAUUAGCCUGAGCUUCGUCGUUAAAUAAUUCAGCUGGGCCAUCUCGCGGUGGCUAUGCCGCCGUGGUGGUUCUGCGCGUCGGCGGACUCUGAGUGCAUGCUCGGCCUGGUCAAGAUUUCCAGCACGGUUGCGCCCACAACUUGGGCCUGUAGUCAUUUCUCACACUGCUACACUGCUGUGGAUGGGUCGAUAAUUUCCACA